UUCAAGAACUCGGCUCGUUCGUCAUCAACCUCCCUCCCCUCCAAGAAUUUCUUCGCCGAUUCCAUCUCUUCAACCUCCAACUUCCUGCGAAUCAUUCACAGCGUACAGAAUUCACAAACCGCAUGAACCAGAGCGCGAAAUCAAUCGACCUCAACUCGACGAUGACGCUGAGGUGGAUGCGCGGGCCAUGCCAUGCUCGAGUGACCCGACGCGGCGGAAGAUCGUGCGGAUCGUCGGUCGCCGGCAAUCCGUUCCUAUCCAAAUCAUGUUUCGUCCUCCGAUUCCAACUUGCCUGUGAUUGCUGAGAUCGAUUUGCAUGUCGUCUCCGACUCCGACUCCUCUACUCUGCUCUACUUAAGCUAAGCCCAGCUGGGCGGACGACGAUCGCCGGCGGGAGGAGAAGCCUCAGCCAUGGCUACCGUCGACCGCUAUAUGUGGAAUAAAACCGAACACCUCACUCUGCGCCCGCCCUGCCAUGGCGGGGACCCUCUGGAUGCACACCAGCCUCUACCAUGGAUCCUCCUCGACGUCCGCGCCUACAUCGCCGACCGCCGGAACGCCACCACCGCCGCGGCCGAUCUCGGCAAUGGCCAUCGAAUCGAGAUCACCAUCUUCACCGCCCCACCGCCGCAGGUCUCCUACAUCUGCGCCUGGUGCCCGACCGGCGACCCCGCCCGGAUCUUCGCCAAUGAGCCCCUCGUAGGCUGCGUCAACGCCGACCUCGUCUUCCUCCGCCUCUACAGCGAGGUAGUCUACGACCUCGUCUACCGCGCCGGUGGCCGCCCUUCGCUCACGCUCAUCCGGGACCCCGUCGACGUCGACGCCGCCAGCUUACAGAGGGAUUACCUGCGUUCGCUCCACAACAUUGCCCUCCUCCGUCGUGCUCUCUGGAUCUGGACCUCCAUCGAGUCACACCAUCUACGGCAGCUUACAAACUCUGCCUCUACGAGUCCACCAUCCAUGGCGAUGGCAAGUGGAGCCUGGAGAGCCUCCUUCUACCCCAGCUGCGUCAAAUGAUCGUCUAUAAUACGAGCAGGGUAAUUACUCUGGAUGAUGAUGGACAGGGAGUAGUGGCCUUCAUUGAUCUCAAGCGGGGAAUCCACAUCUGCAACGUGCUCGCCCAUGGCUGUCCUGGAAGUUACCUGCCACUGCCGCCAGAGCUCACCAGCUCUCGAAUGAGCUUCUUUGCCGGGACAUUGCCAUCGUUAAUGGUCUUCUCACCAUUGUCGGACUGCGUACUUUCUUUGAUUCAGACACUGAUUGCUGGUCCUGGGAUCUGUCCACAUGGAGCAAACCGGUGGCUCAUCUGGACAACAGCAAGGACUGGCAAAAGGGCUUC